UCCCAGACCAUGAACUACGUGGGGCAGCUGGCGGAGACUGUGUUUGUGACGGUCAAGGAACUAUACCGGGGCCUUAACCCGGCCACGCUCACGGGGGCCAUCGAUGUCAUCGUGGUGCGCCAGCCCGACGGCAGCCUCCAGUGCUCGCCGUUCCAUGUGCGCUUCGGCAAGCUUGGGGUGCUGCGCUCCAAGGAGAAAGUGGUGAGUGUGAAGAAGAAGAUGGGAGUGUGUGGUGUUGCCUACAAAUGGAGGAGUACUGUAUAUAAGCGGAUAGAGAGACACACACACACACACUUUUUUACCCUUUCUCACAUAAACACACACUUUCUCUCGCAUGCACACUCUCUCUCUUAAACACACACACACACACACACACACACACACACACACUGCCAGUGACCGUGUGUUGCAGGUGGACAUUGAGAUCAAUGGGGAGCCAGUUCACCUGCAAAUGAAGCUGGGGGACAACGGAGAAGCUUUUUUUGUGGAGGAAAAUGAGGAUUUUGAGGUAUGUCUAUAAACAUUUUGUUUUAACUAUCUGAUCCUAUAGGUUUGUUCAGUCGUGGAGGUUAACCUCUUUUUGUAGACGUGUUAAGCUAAAAGGGAAGGUGACAUGAUGUAACCUAUUUUCUUUCUUCUGUAGCUUAUUGACACAGUGCAUUUGGAAAGUAUUCAGACCCCUUGACUUUUUCCACGUUUUGUUAUGUUACAGCCUUGUUCUAAAAUGGAUGAAAAAAUUGUUUUUCCUCAUCAAUCUACACACAAUACCCCAUAACGACAAAGCAAAACAGGUUUUUAGACAUUUUUGCAAAUUAAUUUUAACCCCCCCCCCCCCCCGGACAAUUUAAUAAGUAUUCAGACACUUAGUACUUUGUGAAUCCCUUUGGCAGCGAUACAGCCUCGAUUCUUUGGUUGACCACAAGCUGGCACCCGUAUUUGGGAGUUUCCCGUUCUUCUCUGCAGAUCUCCAAGGUCAGGUGAUGGGGACGUCUGCACAGCUAUUUCAGUCUCCCAGGAUUUUAUCGGUUCGUCGGCUCGCUGGCCACUCUCAACUUCCGAAGCCCUCUGCGUGCUUGCUGUGUCUAGGUCUGUCAUGUGAAGUGACCUCGCCCAGUAGUCUAGCGCUCCAGUUUCAUCAGAUCUCUCUGUAUUUUUCUCCGUUCUCUUUCCUCGAUCAACAGUCUCCAUCCCUGCGCUGAAAAACAUCCCCACAGCAUGAUGCUGCCACCACCAUGCUUCACCGUAGGGAUGGUGCCAGGUUUCCUCCAGAUGUGAUGCUUGGUAUUCAGGCCAAAGAGUUCAUUUGUAAUUUCAUCAGACCAGAGAAUCUUGUUUCUUAUGGUCUGAGAGGCUUUAGGUGCCUUUUGGCAAACUCCAAGCGGGCUGUCAUGUGCCUUUUACUGAGGAGUGGCUUCCGUUUGGACACUCUACCAUAAAUGCCUGAUUGGUGGAGUGCUGCAGAGAUGAGUGUCCUGCUGGAAGUUUCUCCCCUCUCCACAGAGGAACUCUGGAGCUCUGUCAGUGACCAUCGUGUUCUUGGUCACCUCCCUGAUCAAGGCCCUUUACUCUGACAUGCACUGUCAACUGUGAGACCUUAUAUGUGCCUUUCCAAAUCAUGUCCAAUCAAUUGAAUUUACCACAGGUGGACUCCAAUCAAGUUGUAGAAACCUCUCAAGGAUGAUCAAUGGAAACAGGAUACACCCGAGCUCAAUUUCGAGUCUCAUAACAAAGGGUCUGAAUACUUAUGUAAAUAAGGUAUUUCUGUUUUUUAUGAUGAGGAAAAACAUCUAAUCCAUUUUUGAAGAAGGCUGUAGUGUAACAAAAUGUGGAAAAAGUCAAGUGGUCUGAAUACUUUCCGAAUGCACUGUAUGUGUAGCAUAGUAAGUACUUUACCUUUUAGUUUGAAAUGUGACAUUUUUUUCCCCCCACCAACCAGUCCAGAGUGCCAGCCCACCUCUGCACGUCGCCCAUCCACAUCGAGCUGCCGGAGGGAGCCGAGGAAACCUUUGAGGGGCUCCCCAGUUCCGGAAGCACACGAAGGAAAAAGCGGCGGCGCAAACGCAUACGCUCCGACUCCCACCUAAGAGAAGAUGGUAGCUCCUCGUCCGACGAGAGAGAGAGGGAGCAGUCAGGAGAACAGGAAGAAGAAGAGCCCACCACGCCCAUGCUCGCCAGGUCACUGUCAGGGUCAUUCCAUGAAUAGAGUACAUUUUGGGUAGUGUAACAGGUGUCGUUUUAUAGUUCAGAAAUCAGCAUUUUCCAAACGCAGAUAAAAAAAUCUGCAUUUUAAACCAUUUGACCUGCAUUUUAUAUUGAAAGUGGGGGGGGAAAUAUUGCUUCAGUAGAAGGAUCAGGGGCGUGCAACUAUAAUUUUCCUUGACAGAAAAUAUAAGUUACUGCAACACAUUCGGCAGAAAAUAGCUUCAUUCAUCAGAUGACAACAGAAGUGCAAUGCUAUUUGGUUAGCAGCCACAAAAGUUAAUGAGCUUACAAUGAAAAAGCAAAAAAAACUGUGCCAAUUUCUAAUGUUUAUCAUAGAAAGAAUGUAGCCAGCUACAUUUCCUAAUGUUUUGCUUGAAGUAAAUAUAGCAUUUUACUGGACAAAAGUAGGCUACACUGAGAAAAGUAGCUCCACAUCAGUCAGAGUGCUGUCUGCUGAUAGUUGCCCAUUCAUGAAUUCUCAUCCGAGUGCAACUGAAGCACAAAAUUAGUCUGAGCAGAAAUUACAAUUUGAGAUCUGCGUUUACAAAAUGCAGCAAGAUUAAAAAAAUAAAAAUAAAAGAUUAACAAAAAAAACAAAAAAACACAUUGUAAAGUGGUUAUCCCACUGGCUAUAAGGUGAAUGCACCAAUUUGUAAGUCGCUCUGGAUAAGAGCGUCUGCUAAAUGACGUAAAUGUAAAUGUAUAUUUCGUAUGCGUUUUACCUUUUUUUUCUGAGUGAAAAACGCAACCCCUGUGUAACUAAAAUUAUAUACAUUUCGCCAAAUUUUAACAUUGUCAUAAAGAGCACACGUUCAACUUAAUAAAAUAAAAAAUAAAAAAACAUCUCAAGGGUUUAAGUAAAAUAAAUGACAGGGUUGACUGUAACAGGGUUGAGGUUUUCAUCUUAAAUCAGCCAUAAAUACCCAUGUGACAGGGAAGCUUGUUGUGUGCAACAGGGAUGGCAAUUGAAUGCAAGCUUCACCAAAAUGUGAAAUUGUUAAAACAUUUCUAGCCUUUCUAUUAGUGCUCAGUGAUGAACUGAAAUGUUGGUUAUUUUUCGGUUUCUAAUUGACCAACGUCAGUUCAAUUAUUUGAAUUUCAUUUUGUUUGUUUUUUAUCUGUGAGCUCAAUGCGCACAUUGCUCUGCAGUUUCUCUAGAGAUAAAUCAGAUCAUGCCCAAACUGCGCGACGUAGUACGCAGUUGUAGUUUCCAACAGGCCAAUGUUCUACAUAGUUUAGUGCAGAAAACGUGAUAUCCAUUGCGCGGCUACUUGUCCGGUCUGUGUUUCUUUUACGCCUGCAACGUGAGACAGAAGAAUUGCGCGAUCAAGAGGGGAUACAUAGAGAGCAGUUGCUUCGUGAGGUAUUGGUAUUCAGCAGUCAUAAAUGUAAGCCUUAUUUACUUUCAAGAACUACAAAAUAGUGAUUUUGUCAGACAGCAUAGGCAGCUGCUCUAAAGAGAUGAGAUAAUGACUUGGAAUGUGUCACGAGAAUUUCUAUCUCUAAUUCAACCUAAGCUUGAAUCAUUACCAGGGGUUGUAAGGCCCUGGUUUUAAUCAUAAAUGAUUCAAGGUUCACAACCAGCAAGAAUGAUCUGUCUUUUUAUUCAUGGAGAGCUCUGGCGCCAAAACCCAUACACUUCCUGUUUUAUACCCCUUGACACACAAAGGCACUUUGCUCCGCCCACCUUUAGGAGGCUUUUUUUAACCUGUUUUCUCAGUCCCCUUCACCCUGGAAUGUUUAGUCCCUCCCCCCUCUGUUAGUGGGUUGCCACUACAUUAUAACUCUAACACCGUUCACACAUUUAUACUGUAUUUGGGGUGAAAUCCUUUAGUCAUUAUUCUUAAAAUACAAAUUAAUCUAACAGAAUGAAAUAAAGUCAUGGGAUAAAACAAAUGUAAUCUACACAACAACUGAAAUAUUUUAGUAAAGUAAUGUGGUUAAAAAGUGAUAUGCAGGGUUGACCUUAAAAUGAAGGACCGACGUAAAUUAAUCACAUGAAAUAAAUUAUAAUCUUCAGAAAUGAUUGUCAAAGCAAGAACGUAAGUAGGGCCUUACAAUGAUGGUGAAAACUUGGAGAAAUUGUGGUGUUAAGUGAGUAAAAAUUUCGCUAGAACUCUAAAAAACAUGACGAGAGACAGAUUCUGGGCACUUUUUAGCAAGUCUUUAUUAAUAUAAAAAAUUGAAUUUAUUGAAUUUUCCAUGUGGUCUAUAAUAAAGGGCACUUCAUGUGAGAUAACAGGCUUUUAAAAUGCAAUAUCGGUGCACAAGUUCUACUUAAAAUAUCAAAGGGACGCAAAAUGUACUCUUUUCGUGGAACGACCCAUCAACUACCAUUGAAAACAUGAAUUCCAUUGUUUGAAAAUUACUAUUCUAUCGGUUUCAUUGUGCCAUCCAAGUUAAAUCAGGCAUACCUCAAGUGUUAGGUGGAAGACGAAUACAUAUUCAACCCAGGUCAUAUAUGUUUAGAUUUAGCAUCCGGUAUGAGACUUUGAAUGAUCAGCUUUAGUGUUCUGAUACCCUGUGGCUGACUCUUUUGUCUCCCUAACAGUAAGUCUGUGUACUUCUCGCUGUCUGAGGAGCCACAUGAAGAGUUGGUGGUCAUGCAGAUCAGGGACGUCCACCCUCACUCAGACGGAGAGUGGUCCCCCUCAGAGAGGUCAGGCAAUCAAUCAAUCAAAUGUAUUUUAUAAAGCCCUUUUUACAUCAACAGUUGUCACAAAGUGCUUUACAGAUACCCAGCCUAAACUCCCAAAGAGCAAGCAAUGCAGGCAGAAGCACAGUGGCUAGGAAAAACUCCCUAGGAACUAAGGCAGAAACCUAAAGAGGAACCAGGCUCUGAGCGGUGGCCAGUCCUCUUCUGGCUAUAGCGAGUAGAGAUGUAAGAGUACAUUUGGCCAUUAAGGCCAGACAACAGGUCAGACAACUUACUAGCACUUUAAGGGGUGGUUUCCUGGACACAGAUUAAGCCUAAUCCUGGACAAAAAAUUAUUUAAUGGACAUUCUCCAGUUUUAGGCUAAUCUGUGUCCUAGAAACCGCACCUAGUAGUCAGUUAAAAUAAGUUGGCAUUUGAAUUAUCUUUUAUGUUCUCUCUCACUCUGUCCCCCUCUUUCUCCAGUUUAUGAACUCUCUCUCGCUCUGUCCCCCUCUUUCUCCAGUUUAUGAACUCUCUCUCUCUCUGUCCCCCUCUUUCUCCAGUUUAUGAACUCUCUCUCGCUCUGUCCCCCUCUUUCUCCAGUUUAUGAACUCUCUCUCGCUCUGUCCCCCUCUUUCUCCAGUUUAUGAACUCUCUCUCUGUCCCCCUCUUUCUCCAGUUUAUGAACUCUCUCUCUCUGUCCCCCUCUUUCUCCAGUUUAUGAACUCUCUCUCUCUGUCCCCCUCUUUCUCCAGUUUAUGAACUCUCUCUGUCCUUGUCACUCUUUUCCCCCCUCUCUCUCUCUCAAAUUAGGAAACGCACUCGCACAUCUGAGGUUACUUGUUGCAGGUGUGUGGGAAUUAUUUGGAAUUAUUGUAAAAAAAAAAAAAAAAAAAACCUGCACACUGCACUUGCCGCUAUCAGUUGUGUUUAUCUAGCUUAGCUUACGUAUGCAUGGCCUUCAUCAGAGCCUUCUGAGAGCUUCUUCAACCCCCCCGUCCAUCUCUGUCUCUCUUUCUCUGUCUCUCUCUGUGUGUGUCUGUCUGUCUGUCUGUCUGUCUGUCUUUUGGUCUCUUUCUCAACAGUUUCUCUCUCUUUCCUUAUAUUAAUUAGCCUCUCUGCGUCUUCUAUUUCCAGUGUGUUCUAUAGUCGUCCUUCCUCCCCCAAGAGUGACUCUGAGCUGCAGGUGAAGCCUCCGGAGUCUUCAGGGCCUCAGAUGCAGUGGAACUGGGGCGGCUUUCCCGAGGUAUGACAUAACAGGUCAAAUUGAGGCCAUAACGGAACACACAGAGGUCAUAACAGGGCAUACAGGUGUCAUAACAGGGCAUACAGGUGUCAUAACAGGGCAUACAGGUGUCAUAACGGGACAUACAGAGGUCAUAACAGGGCAUACAGGUGUCAUAACGGGACAUACAGAGGUCAUAACAGGGCAUACAGGUGUCAUAACAGGGCAUACAGGUGUCAUAACAGGGCAUACAGGUGUCAUAACAGGGCAUACAGAGGUCAUAACAGGGCAUACAGAGGUCAUAACAGGGCAUACUGGUGUCAUAACAGGGCAUACUGGUGUCAUAACAGGGCAUACAGGUGUCAUAACAGGGCAUACAGAGGUCAUAACAGGGCAUACAGGUGUCAUAACGGAACAUACAGAGGUCAUAACAGGGCAUACAGGUGUCAACAGGACGUACAGGUGUCAUAAAAGGACAUUAGGGAUGUAACAAUUCACUGAUGGGCAUCAGUCCCCAGCUCAAAAGUUCAAGAUGCAAGUGCAUCGGUCCGCGGGAGCCCAAACUGAUCCAAAGGUAGCAUGAAUUGGUCAGAAAAUUGAUUCAAACAUUAUGAACCGCCGGUUCACUAACGUUCUUUUACUCAUAUAAUUGUAUUUCCCCCCUCCAAAAAUAUCUAAUCUUUUGUGACUGAGUUGAUGCGUCCUCUCCUUCAGUAGCCUAUUGAACUAAGCAUGUAAAUGUGAAAGUCAUUGAUCUCCAAGUCAGAUAGCAACUGUGCAUACAGAGUGCAGCUGCUCUCACCAACCAGAGCCUCCCUGAUCUAAUAUUCCUAGCAUCUUCAGCAUUCAAAUGCUUGUAAAAUGGCUUUCGCAAUGUCAAGUCAUGGGCUUUAUUAGUUGGGUGACAACCAAUGUAAUUUGCUGGGUCAUUGUUACCAAAUGCACUGUAGAAAAUUGUUUUACCGACAAGAGUUGUGUAGGCUACCGGAGUGGACACAACUCACAUCUUGCUGCUGCUGAUUGGGGCUUUUCGAUUGCCAGGUUCACCUCCUCAUUUUAAGGUAGUUUUGGUUUAAAUAGUCUGUUUAUUUGGUCAUUUUUACAUGAACAGGGUAAAGAUGUAAUUUCUGCAAUAAUUAUUUUCAGCUGCACUGUAGGCCUAUGAUCUGAGCGUGCGCUGGAGAAGAGCAGCUCUCCUUCGUAAAGAUCUAAAAUUGUUUAGUCAUUUAGCAGAUGCUCUUCUCCAGAGUGACUUACACAGGAGCUAUUCGGGUUAAGUGCCUUGCUUAAGGGCACUUUGACAGAUUUUUCACCUAGUCUGCUCGGGGGAUUCGAACCAGCGACAUUUUGGUUACUGGCCCAAUGCUCUGAACCGCUAGGCUACCUAACGCCCCAAAUGGUCAAAACCAUUUGCCUUUAAGACUGGGGUGAAAUACAAAGCUGUGCUAUAUUCAUUGGUUAUGUCAUAGCUAAUUUCUACAGAUAUGAGCUAUGACACACACAAACAAACGAGAGAAUUCAGCUCAGACAGAGAGAAUUCAGCUCAGAUAGAUCCAGCUCAGAGGCCCAGCUCCUGAGCUCCAUCACUAUCAGAUUUAAAUUUAGAAAAUGUAUCGUUCCUGUAUUGUAUCAGAGCCCAUGUAUCUAGAUGAGAAUCGAAUGGUGCUUGAAAGGCAAGAUGCACAUCCCUACAGGACAUACAGGUGUCAUAACACAACGUACAGGUGUCAUAACAGUACAUACAGGUGUUAGAACACAUCAUGUCAUAACAUGGCAUUCGGUUGUCAUAAAAGGGCAUGUCAUAACAGGACGUACAGGUGUCAUAACAGGACAUGUCAUAACAGGACGUACAGGUGUCAUAACAGGGCAUGUCAUAACAGGACGUACAGAUGUCAUAACAGGACAUGUCAUAACAGGACGUACAGGUGUCAUAACAGGGCAUGUCAUAACAGGACGUACAGAUGUCAUAACAGGACGUACAGGUGUCAUAACAGGGCAUGUCAUAACAGGACGUACAGAUGUCAUAACAGGACGUACAGGUGUCAUAACAGGACAUGUCAUAACAGGACGUACAGGUGUCAUAACAGGACAUGUCAUAACAGGACGUACAGAUGUCAUAACAGGACAUGUCAUAACAGGACGUACAGAUGUCAUAACAGGGCAUGUCAUAACAGGACGUACAGGUGUCAUAACAGGGCAUGUCAUAACAGGACGUACAGGUGUCAUAAAAAGUUUGUUCAGUAGCUCCAUCACCAGACUGCUUUGUUUUCCCUGCUCCCUCUAGAUGUGUCCAACGGAGAGAGGGAGGGUGGAGGUGCAGCAUGUCUCCCCUGGCGUCCGCUGCUCCGACAGCUCCCACUUCCGCACCAUCAAGCGGCAGGAUUCCUUUGACAUGGGCCUGGAGCCCGUGGUCAGCUGUGUCCGAGCGAGCAGUAGCGUGGCGGUGGUGGUCAGGCCCAUGCCCAGGACCGGACCAGCGGUCCAACCCACAGAAAGUUCCCCCAUAGACCUGGAGAGAGCCUCCAAUAUGGCCCACUCCACCCCGAAUCACCCCACCUCAGAGCUGCUCUCAGAGCCGCUAACAUUGGCAUCAUUAGCGAUGGCUAGCAUAGACUCGCCCCAAGCCCCAGGGCCUAGAAAAAUGGAAACGCAGCCACAAGUAGAGACCCAGCAGGCAGGGGAUGAAGUAGCCGAGGAGUCCCCAUCCAACCCGGAGCUGGAAGACUCCAUAAACUCCCUGGCUAACAAAAUUAGCAUUGCUAAUGUAGGCGAUACUGAUAGACAAGCUAGCGAAGUAAGCACAGCAAAUGUUGAAUGUGUAGCUAACAUGGUUAGCCAAGUUGAAAACGACUGUAUAGACACACACAUCCCAUCCAGAAAAGGUAGCAAAGCUGCCACAAUCAGCGCAGACAGGCUAGCUAGCAACAGCACAGCUACUUUAGCUUUAACUAACAAGGCUAGUUUGGCUAACACAACUAGCUAUGCCAGUGCAGCCAACUUAGGUCCCAUUACCACAGAGUGUCUGGGUAGCAGAGCACACCCAGACCAGCACAGUGCCUUUCCAGAACCCAAUGGACAGGGGCCAGGAGUUGUCUUGAGUGAGGGCGACAGCGGGAUUGAGCCCUGCACCGAGGGAGGGGAGGAGACAGAGAACGGAGUUGUAAUGACGUCCAGAGCCACAGACCACUCCCUGACCAAUCAGGCUGCAGAGAGUAUUGGAGUGACAGAUGUGUUAGCCACUGAGGCUCUGAGGGAGGAGCAGUCUAGCUCAGCAGAGCACCAGGACAAGAAGAAAGGUGAGAAACAGAUCUCGUCUCAAUCCCUAAACCCUGGGCAGGUAUACGCAUUAUAGUAAUAUCUUCAAGAGGAUUUGAGUGUUGGUUUUGACAUUACUUUGAAUUGUGUGGUGGUUCUCUGUGCUCAGUCUCUGUGCUGCUGUGCUGUGUGAACACAGGUAAACGCAGUCAGCACCUGGGACCCUCCGACAUCUACCUGGAUGACUUGUCUAACCUGGACCCAGAGGUGGCAGCACUCUACUUCCCACCUAAAAGGUAAAGAGCUCCCUGCUCUCCUUCCUUCUUUCUGUCCUUUUCUUCCUCAAUUCUUGCUCAGUUCUGCCUCCAGGGCAAGAUUCAUGACAAUAAACGUCAACCUGCAUUUAACCCUUGGCCUACAAUUUCCGCACCCCCUGUGGAAAUUGAAUUAACAUAAUAAAAACAUCCCCAUCAAAAUCUCUCUGUUUCAGCUAGAGAUAUCUAUUUUUUUGUUGCAUUGUCUGCUUCUCAAUCCACCACAUCCGCCGAUAUCGCCCUUCCACAUCUGCGGUGAAAGGUCUCCGUUUUGGUCUACGACCCCCACAAGCGUCUUGGGACUCCUCUGAAGGUCCCCAGUACCAGUCUUAAAAAAUGAAUGGAAUUGUAUAUAUGGAGAUAGUUUAGUGCCUAAAAUAAGGGGAUAAAUACAUGUUCUUAUAUCUCUCAGAUAUAGGACAGACACUUCAGAACAAGCUUCCUUUAGAUACAUGUUUUGGACUAUCUGUUGUAACAUGUAUUGAAUCUGUUAUUCAAUACGUUUCUAUUGGCUAAUAGCAGUAAUGCUAAAUUCUAUGUUUCCACCUCCCCGGUUUAGACAGGGUUUAGACUCUAGACCAAGGCUGCCCAACCCUCUUCCUGGAGAUCUACUGUCCUGUAGGUUUUCAGUCCAACCCUAAUUUAGCAUAUCUGAUUCAGCAAGUUAAGGUCUUGUUGAGCAUCUAAUAAGUAGAAUCAGGUGUGUUAAAUUAGGGUUGAUCUCCAGGAAGAGGGUUGGGCAGCACUGCUCUAGACAGUUAAAGCAUACAAAAUAUUUACAAUUUCACAUCUAUCAAACUUUUAUUUUUGCAUACCCAAAAUGCCUACUAUUUAGAACGCAAGUACAGGUAUUCGGACACGGCCAGUGAGCUUACAUGAUAGAUGAGUGCAUGGAUUCUACCAUAGAGCUACUUUAAGUUAGAAAGUAGCUCUACCUCCACUGGGGUUUUCAUGUCCCACCGAAUAUGAUGAUUUGGUUUUGGUGUCUUCCAUGGAAAAAUAUUAAUGGAGGUCAACAUGCAAUGGAUUUCAUAAUAUCUAGGCCAAAAUAUGUCACCUUUCCCCAACUUCUGUCUCGAUAUGACCCAAGUUCCCAGUUGGCAUGCCUUCCGCAAUCCACACUUACUCAGUGUCAAGGAUGACACAAAUCAGUUAACUCUAUAUGUGGAUAAUGUAGCAGGAUGCAUUCCCUAACCUGAUCAUGAGGAAUGUUAUCUUAUCUUAGGCGUUACUGUGUCCUCACAAGGCAGGUCUCACUGCUAGGGACUCACAUGGACAUCAGCAGACAUAAGAUAUCAUAGACUGUAUCGCAUCCUAUACCAAAUCAAUAGUCAUUUGUGAGUGUUUCUCAGAGUUUGAACCUAUUGAUCCCACUCCUACUCUGAGAUCCUUUAUGAAUAGCACCUGAUAAAUGCAACAGCUUGGAACUUUCUGUUCCCUCAUCAUAAUGAUGAAAUAUCAGUGUUUUUUAUUUAUUUAUUUUUUUAGUCAUUUAGCAGACGCUCUUAUCCAGAGCGACUUCCAAUUAGUGAGUGCAUACAUUUUUCAUACUGGCCCCCGUGAGGCCAUUAUGUACAUGAAUGCAGGCUGGGGGUCAAUUCCAUUUCAACUCAGGCAAUUCACUUCUCAAGUAAACACAUAAAAGGCAUAGUGGUAGAAGAUUUUGCUAAUGGCUAUCCCUCUCCUCUCAGUGAGGUAGAAGGAUGCUCGCGGCCCGGUGCGGAGCAAGGGUCCAGUUCUGGUAACCAGUCUCCACAGUCGGUGGGCAGUGGGGCCAUGGACAGCGGCACAGAGUACCUGUCCGACUCUACCACCGACCACUUGGAUGUUAGCAUGUCCCUCUGCGGCCGCACCGGCCACACCAGCCAAAUCAACAAAGGUGCGUGUGUACAGAUGUAGGAUCUUAAUUUGAUCACCCUGUUGCAGGAGAACUUUCCUGUAAUGUCUAUUUCUGUGCAGUUGUGUAUGUGUCCGAUGGAAGAAACCACAUCCGCUCACCGUUUGCUGCUUCUAGUGAUGAUCUUUAUCAAGCUAAUGAAGACAGACCUUUUUUAGAUGAAAUAUGAACAUGUAGUAACCUAUGCAUUCUUACCCAUUUGUAACAGUUGGAUUGAUGAUACUUUUUCUUGACUUUCUCUAUUGCCAUUUGCCUCUGUUCCAGAUCAGUUUAUGGAACAUGUUGUGAACUACCAGGAUAUGGUGAGCAACCCUGGAAUCAUCGAAGAUCCAAACCUGGUUAUCUGCAUCAACUCAAAGUAAGUGUUAGAGUUGCAUUUGGUAAUGCUGUACAAUAUGUUGUUUGCUUGUAGUUCUGCCAUCAUAUGUUUUCAAUGUGUCUGUCAGUUGACAAAUUCAUGUUUUUUUGGUGCUCUUUUAGGUAUUAUAACUGGGCAGUGGCUGCCCCUAUGGUCCUGUCAAUGCAAGUUUUUCAAAAGAAUCUACCAAAGGUAUAUUUAACUUUUUUUUUAAACAUUUUAGUCAUUUAGCAGACACUCUUAUCCAAAACGACUUACAGUUAGUGAGUGCAUACAUUUUUCAUACUGGCCCCUCGUGGGAAUUGAACCCACAACCCUGGCGUUGCAAGCGCCAUGCUCUACCAACUGAGCUACAGGAGGCCUAUAUCUCCAAUCUUUACCCUUGUUCACUUCCCUUCAUGGAUUUGAAAUUAAAUGACUAGUAUAAAGAAAUAUGAAGGGAAGUCUCUCUGGCUCAUACCUACUGUAUACCAAUGUAUGGGGGAGUAGUGUAUGAGUGCACACUUCAGGAGAAAGGCCAGAUAGUUGGGAAAGUGGUGACAGGUGUGAUAUAUAUGACCUUUAACCUUGUACUGUCUGUCUGUAGAGUGCCAUUGACCAGCUGGUGAAGGACAAGAUGCCCAAAAAGUCUGGCCGCUGGUGGUUCUCCUGGAGGAGGAAGGACAUGGAUACUAACCCAAACCAGGUAGCCUAUCACAGGCUUUCUCAACUAACCCAAACCAGGUAGCCUAUCACAGGGUUUCUCAACUAACCCAAACCAGGUAGCCUAUCACAGGGUUUCUCAACUAACCCAAACCAGGUAGCCUAUCACAGGGUUUCUCAACUAACCCAAACCAGGUAGCCUAUCACAGGCUUUCUCAACUAACCCAAACCAGGUAGCCUAUCACAGGGUUUCUCAACUAACCCAAACCAGGUAGCCUAUCACAGGGUUUCUCAACUAAUCCAAACCAGGUAGCCUAUCACAGGCUUUCUCAACUAACCCAAACCAGGUAGCCUAUCACAGGGUUUCUCAACUAACCCAAACCAGGUAGCCUAUCACGGGCUUUCUCAACUAACCCAAACUAGGUAGCCUAUCACAAGGUUUCUCAACUAACCCAAACCAGGUAGCCUAUCACAGGCUUUCUCAAUCCAGGCUAGGGUUGUGUUCAGUAGGCACAAAACGGAAGAAGACAGGGAGGUACUAUCUGAACUUGUCCAAUAAGAAACAAUCGUUUUUGUUUUCAGUUGCAACAUGUUUUGCUAGGGUGUGGCCUAAUUAACACGACCCAGGUAUUUUGGGGACCCACAGCCUCUACAUAUGUUGUUCCUGUCCAGCACCAACACACCUUACAAUUGACAUUUUAGUCAGUUUGGAAUUUCAUGAAUCAUCAUCUUAUUUAAGCAAUAAGGCACAAAAGGCCAUGCUAUAUCAUGAAUAUAGUCACAGAUAAAUGCCGUUGUUGAGAGAAAUUCAAGAGAGGGUUCAGACAGCAUCGUGAACAUGAUGAUAUUCUCAGAAGGAUAACUCAGAAGGAACUAUUAAAAUCGAAUCAAAUUUGUCACAUACACGUGUUUAGCAGGUGUUAUUGCGGGUGUAGCGAAAUGCUUGUGCUUCUAGCUCUGACAGUGCAGUAAUAUCUAACAUGUAAUAUCUAACAACUUCACAACAUAUACCCAAUACACACACAUCUAAGUAAGGAAUGGAAUUAACAAAACAUAUAUGGAGGAGCAAUGACAGAGCAUGGCUAAGAUACAGUAGAAUAUUAUAGAAUACAGUAUAUACAGUGGGGGAAAAAAGUAUUUAGUCAGCCACCAAUUGUGCAAGUUCUCCCACUUAAAAAGAUGAGAGAGGCCUGUAAUUUUCAUCAUAGGUACACGUCAACUAUGACAGACAAAUUGAGAAAAUCACAUUGUAGGAUUUUUAAUUAAUUUAUUUGCAAAUUAUGGUGGAAAAUAAGUAUUUGGUCACCUACAAACAAGCAAGAUUUCUGGCUCUCACAGACCUGUAACUUCUUCUUUAAGAGGCUCCUCUGUCCUCCACUCGUUACCUGUAUUAAUGGCACCUGUUUGAACUUGUUAUCAGUAUAAAAGACACCUGUCCACAACCUCAAACAGUCACACUCCAAACUCCACUAUGGCCAAGACCAAAGAGCUGUCAAAGGACACCAGAAACAAAAUUGUAGACCUGCACCAGGCUGGGAAGACUGAAUCUGCAAUAGGUAAGCAGCUUGGUUUGAAGAAAUCAACUGUGGGAGCAAUUAUUAGGAAAUGGAAGACAUACAAGACCACUGAUAAUCUCCCUCGAUCUGGGGCUCCACGCAAGAUCUCACCCCGUGGGGUCAAAAUGAUCACAAGAACAGUGAGCAAAAAUCCCAGAACCACACGGGGGGACCUAGUGAAUGACCUGCAGAGAGCUGGGACCAAAAUAACAAAGCCUACCAUCAGUAACACACUACGCCGCCAGGGACUCAAAUCCUGCAGUGCCAGACGUGUCCCCCUGCUUAAGCCAGUACAUGUCCAGGCCCGUCUGAAGUUUGCUAGAGUGCAUUUGGAUGAUCCAGAAGAGGAUUGGGAGAAUGUCAUAUGGUCAGAUGAAACCAAAAUAGAACUUUUUGGUAAAAACUCAACUCGUUGUGUUUGGAGGACAAAGAAUGCUGAGUUGCAUCCAAAGAACACUAUACCUACUGUGAAGCAUGGGGGUGGAAACAUCAUGCUUUGGGGCUGUUUCUGCAAAGGGACCAGGACGACUGAUCCGUGUAAAGGAAAGAAUGAAUGGGGCCAUGUAUCGUGAGAUUUUGAGUGAAAACCUCCUUCCAUCAGCAAGGGCAUUGAAGAUGAAACGUGGCUGGGUCUUUCAGCAUGACAAUGAUCCCAAACACACCGCCCGGGCAACGAAGGAGUGGCUUCGUAAGAAGCAUUUCAAGGUCCUGGAGGGGCCUAGCUAGUCUCCAGAUCUCAACCCCAUAGAAAAUCUUUGGAGGGAGUUGAAAGUCCGUGUUGCCCAGCGACAGCCCCAAAACAUCACUGCUCUAGAGGAGAUCUGCAUGGAGGAAUGGGCCAAAAUACCAGCAACAGUGUGUGAAAACCUUGUGAAGACUUACAGAAAACAUUUGACCUGUGUCAUUGCCAACAAAGGGUAUAUAACAAAGUAUUGAGAAACUUUUGUUAUUGACCAAAUACUUAUUUUCCACCAUAAUUUGCAAAUAAAUUCAUUAAAAAUUCUAUAAUGUGAUUUUCUGGAUUUUUUUUCCUCAUUCUGUCUGUCAUAGUUGACGUGUACCUAUGAUGAAAAUUACAGGCCUCUCUCAUCUUUUUAAGUGGGAGAACUUGCACAAUUGGUGGCUGACUAAAUACUUUUUCCCCCCACUGUACAUAUGAGAUGAGUAAUGCAAGAUAUGUAAACAUUAUUAAAGUGACUAGUGUUCCAUUUCUUAAAGUGGCCAGUGAUUUCUAUAGGCGGCAGCAGCCUCUAAUGUGCUAGUGAUGGCUAAUUAACAGUCUGAUGGCCUUGAGAUAGAAGCAGUUUUUCAGUCUCUCGGUCCCAGCUUUGAUGCACCUGUACUGACCUCGCCUUCUGGAUGAUAGCGGGGUGAACAGGCAGUGGCUCGGGUGGUUGAUGUCCUUGAUGAUCUUUUUGGCCUUCCUGUGACAUCGGGUGCUGUAGGUGUCCUGGAGGGUGGGUAGUUUGCCCCCUGUAAUGCGUUCUGCAGACCGCACCACCCUCUGGAGAGCCCUGCGGUUGUGGGUGGUGCAGUUGCCGUACCAGGCGGUGAUACAGCCCGACAGGAUGCUCUCUGCAUCUGUAAAAGUUUGUGAGGGUUUUAGGUGCCAAGACAAAUUUCUUUAGCCUCCUGAGGUUGAAGAGGCUCUGUUGCGCCUUCUUCACCACACUGUCUGCGUGGGUGGACCAUUUCAGUUUGUCAGUGAUGUGUACGCCAAGAAACUUGAAGCUUUCCACCUUCUCCACUGCGGUCCCAUCAAUGUGGAUAGGGGGGUGCACCCUCUGCUUUUUCCUGAAGUCCACGAUCAUCUCCUUUGUUUUGUUGACGUUGAGUGAGAGGUUAUUUUCUUGGCACUACACUCCCAGAGCCCUCACAUCCUCCCUGUAGGCUGUCUCAUCAUUGUUGGUAAUCAAGCCUACUACUGUUGUGUUGUCUGCAAACUUGAUGAUUGAGUUGGAGGCGUGCUUGGCCACGCAGUCAUGGGUGAAUAGGGAGUACAGGAGGGGGCUGAGCACGCACCCUUGUGGGGCGCCAGUGUUGAGGAUCAGCGAAGUGGAGGUGUUGUUGUAUACCUUCACCACCUGGGGGCAGCCCGUCAGGAAGUCCAGGACCCAGUUGCACUGGGCGGGGUUCAGACCCAGGGCCUCGAGCUUCAUGAUGAUCUUGGUGGGUACUAUGGUGUUGAAUGCUGAGCUAUAGUCAAUGAACAGCAUUCUUACAUAUGUAUUCCUCUUGUCCAGAUGGGAUAGGGCAGUAUGCAGUGUAUUGGCGAUUGCAUCGUCUGUGGAUCUAUUGGGGCGGUAAGCAAAUUGAAGUGGCUCUAGGGUGACAGGUAAGGUAGAGGUGAUAUGAUCCUUGACUAGUCUCUCAAAGCACUUCAUGAUGACAGAAGUGUGUGCUAUGGGGCGAUAGUCAUUUAGUUCAGUUACCUUUGCUUUCUUGGUUACAGGAGCAAUGGUGGCCAUCUUGAAGCAAGUGGGGACACUUGCGCAUGCUCUGAGGGCGCGGCUAGGCCGGCAGCCUUGCGGGGGUUAACAUGCUUAAAUGUCUUACUCACGUCUGCCAUGGAGAAGGAGAGCCCACAGUCCUUGGUAGUGGGCCGCAUCGGUGGCAAUGUGUUAUCCUCAAAGCAGGCGAAGAAGGUGUUUAGCUUGUCCAGAAGCAAGACGUCGGUGUCGGCGACGUGGCUGGUUUUCCUUUUGUAGUCCGUGAUUGUCUGUAGACCCUGCCACAUACGUCUCGUGUCUGAGCCGUUGAAUUGCGACUCCACUUUAUUAGCAGUGCCAAUAUCGGCAUAUAAGCUUUGAAUGCUGCUCGUCCAAUCAGCAUCCAGGAUCCAAACUACCCAUUUUAUAAUGAAGGAUAAUGGUAAAGAGCUGCCUAGCAACAACAAUAUUUUCUCUGUCUUUCCCUAUGGCAGACUGGAGAGAACUCUAAGCAGGACCAAGAGGAGGCACAUGCAGAGACUGAAGUCUCAACCUCUGUGUCUGUCACUGGUCCCUCAACAAACAUACUGUGAGUGAUUACACACAGACACACACUGUUCCUCAUGCGUAACGCAUAUGACCGAUUGUCGUUUAUUUUGGCAGAAUUACUAUGCCAUCAGCUAUGUGUGACUUUUCAGGGCGACUCUGGAUGACCUGACUAGUGACGAGGAGGCGGGCCUAGGCAGAGUGGGCAACCUAUCAUCAGAGACCUUAGAGACCAUAAACACUGGCCAGUGUUUUAGCCACAUGUACCGCAAGUCCCUACGCCUCACCUCCGAACAGAUAGUAUGUCCUCACUACCACACACACACCAGGAAUUGUUCUGCCUUUGAAAUCCUCUGUAGCUCAGCUGGUAGAGCACGGCGCUUGUAACGCCAAGGUAGUGGGUUCGAUCCCCGGGACCACCCAUACACAAAAAUGUAUGCACGCAUGACUGUAAGUCGCUUUGGAUAAAAGCGUCUGCUAAAUGGCAUAUUAUUAUUUAUUAUUAUAAAUCCUUGGGCGGGCUGCCUAAGCAAGUCCAAAGUAAAAAAAUUAAUAUAUUAAUUCAUUACUUUUUUACGUUCCUUUUUUGGGAUCGAAAACGUUUUCACUGUAAACUUAAAUGACAAAAUCCCGAUAUACAGUGCUGUGAAAAAGAAUUUGUCCCCAGAGCAGAAUUCAUGGUUCCUUCUAUUAAGGCAAGUCGUCCAGGUCCUGAGGCAGCAAAGCAUCCCCAAACCAUCACACUACCACCAUCAUACUUGACCGUUGGUAUAAGGUUCUUACUGUGGAAUGCAGUGAUUGGUUUUCGCCAGGCAUAAUGGGACCCAUGUCAUCCAAAAAGUUAUACUUUUGACUCAUCUGUCCAUAGAUAAUUAUUCCAAGAGUCUUGAUGAUCAUUCAGGUGCUUCCAGGUUCUUUUUGGCAAACUUCAGUCAACUUUUUGGUCAAUCAUUGUGGUGGUAGUGUAAUGGUUUGGGGAUGCUUUGCUCCCUCAGGUCCUGGACGGCUUGCCUUAAUAGAAGGAACCAUGAAUUCUGCUCUGUAUCAGAGAAUUCUACAGGAGAAUGUCAGGCCAUCCGGCUGUGAGCAUAAGCUGAAGCGUAGCUGGAACCUGCAGCAAGACAAUGAUCCAAAACACACAAUCAAGUCUACAUGAAAUGGUUAAAACAACAAAUUGGAAGUUUUGGAAUGGCCUAGUCAAAGUCCAGACCUAAUCCCAAUUGAGAUGUUGUUGCAUUACUUGAAACAAGCAGUUAAUGCUUGAAAACCAACACAGUUCUGCAUGCAGGAGUGGGCCAAAAUUCCUCCACAGCGACGUGAAAGACUGAUCAACAACUACAGGAAGCAUUUGGUUGCAGUCAUUGCAGCUAAAGGUGGCACAACCAGUUAUUGAGUGUAAGGGGGAAUUGUUUUUUUACACAGGGGAAUUGGGUGUUGCAUAACUUUUAAUUAAAUAAAAUAAGUUUAUUUUUUAUUUGUAAACUCUGGUUCCCUUGAUCUAAUAUUAGGUUUUGGUUGUAGAUCUGAUAUCAAAAAUAUGCAAAAAUAGAGAAUCAGAAAGGGGGCAAAUACUUUUUCACGGCACUAACUUACAUAGAAAAGAUAAUGGAUAUAUAUAUAUAUAUAUAUAUGUAUAUAUACACACACACACACACACACAGUACCAGUCAAAAGUAUUCCAAGUGAAGCUGGUUGAGAGAAUGCCAAGAGUGUGCAAAGCUGUCAUCAAGGCAAAGGGUGGCAAUUUGAAGAAUCUCAAAUAUAAAAUAUAUUUAGAUUGGUUUGACACUUUUUUGGUUACUACAUGAUUCCAUAUGUGUUAUUUUAUAGUUUUGAUGUCUUCACUAUUAUUCUACAAUGUAGAAAAUACUAAAAAAUAAAGAAAAACCCUUGAAUGAGUAGUCCAAACUUUUGACAGGUACUGAUAUGUGUAUGUGUGUGUGUGUGUGUGUGUGUAUAUAUAUAUAUAUAUAUACAGUGGGGAGAACAAGUAUUUGAUACACUGCCAAUUUUGCAGGUUUUCCUACUUACAAAGCAGGUAGAGGUCUGUAAUUUUUAUCAUAGGUACACUUCAACUGUGAGAGACGGAAUCUAAAACAAAAAUCCAGAAAAUCACAUUGUAUGAUUUUUAAGUAAUUCAUUUGCAUUUUAUUGCAUGACAUAAGUAUUUGAUACAUCAGAAAAGCAGAACUUAAUAUUUGGUACAGAAACCUUUGUUUGCAAUUACAGAGAUCAUACGUUUCCUGUAGGUCUUGACCAGGUUUGCACCCACUGCAGCAGGGAUUUUGGCCCACUCCUCCAUACAGACCUUCUCCAGAUCCUUCAGGUUUCGGGGCUGUCGCUGGGCAAUACGGACUUUCAGCUCCCUCCAAAUAUUUUCUAUUGGGUUCAGGUCUGGAGACUGGCUAGGCCACUCCAGGACCUUGAGAUGCUUCUUACGGAGCCACUCCUUAGUUGCCCUGGCUGUGUGUUUCGGUUCGUUGUCAUGCUGGAAGACCCAGCCACGAGCCAUCUUCAAUGCUCUUACUGAGGGAAGGAGGUUGUUGGCCAAGAUCUCGCGAUACAUGGCCCCAUCCAUCCUCCCCUCAAUACAGUGCAGUCGUCCUGUCCCCUUUGCAGAAAAGCUUCCCCAAAGACUGAUGCUUCCACCUCCAUGCUUCACGGUUGGGAUGGUGUUCUUGGGGUUGUACUCAUCCUUCUUCUUCCUCCAAACACGGCGGGUGGAGUUUAGACCAAAAAGCUCUAUUUUUGUCUCUUCAGACCACAUUACCUUCUCCCAUUCCUCCUCUGGAUCAUCCAGAUGGUCAUUGGCAAACUUCAGACGGGCCUGGACAUGCACUGGCUUGAGCAGGGGGACCUUGCGUGCGCUGCAGGAUUUUAAUCCAUGACGGUGUAGUGUGUUACUAAUGGUUUUCUUUGAGACUGUGGUCCCAGCUCUCUUCAGGUCAUUGACCAGGUCCUGCCGUGUAGUUCUGGGCUGAUCCCUCACCUUCCUCAUGAUCAUUGAUGCCCCACGAGGUGAGAUCUUGCAUGGAGCCCCAGACCGAGGUUGAUUGACCGUCAUCUUGAACUUCUUCCAUUUUCUAAUAAUUGUGCCAACAGUUGUUGCCUUCUCACCAAGCUGCUUGCCUAUUGUCCUGUAGCCCAUCCCAGCCUUGUGCAGGUCUACAAUUUUAUCCCUGAUGUCCUUACACAGCUCUCUGGUCUUGGCCAUUGUGGAGAGGUUGGAGUCUGUUUGAUUGAGUGUGUGGACAGGUGUCUUUUAUACAGGUAACAAGUUCAAACAGGUGCAGUUAAUACAGGUAAUGAGUGGAGAACAGGAGGGCUUCUUAAAGAAAAACUAACAGGUUUGUGAGAGCCGGAAUUCUUACUGGUUGGUAGGUGAUCAAAUACUUAUGUCAUGCAAUAAAAUGCAAAUUAAUUACUUAAAAAUCAUACAAUGUGAAACCUGCAAAAUCGGCAGUGUAUCAAAUACUUGUUCUCCCCACUGUGUAUAUAUAUAUAUAUAUAUAUAUAUAUAUAUAUAUAUAUAUAUAUAUAUAUAUAUAUAUAUAUAUAUAUACACACACACACACACAGUGGGGAGAACAAGUAUUUGAUACACUGCCGAUUUUGCAGGUUUUCCUACUUACAAAGCAUGUAGAGGUCUGUAAUUUUUAUCAUAGGUACACUUCAACUGUGAGAGAUGGAAUCUAAAACACAAAUCCAGAAAAUCACAUUGUAUGAUUUUUAAGUAAUUAAAUUUAGUAUUUGAUCACCUACCAACCAGUAAGAAUUCCGUCUCUCACAGAUCUGUUAGUUUUUCUUUAAGAAGCCCUCCUGUUCUCCAAUCAUUACCUGUAUUAACUGCACCUGUUUGAACUCGUUACCUGUAUAAAAGACACCUGUCCACACACUCAAUCAAACAGACUCCAACCUCUCCACAAUGGCCAAGACCAGAGAGCUGUGUAAGGACAUCAGGGAUAAAAUUGUAGACCUGCACAAGGCUGGGAUGGGCUACAGGACAAUAGGCAAGCAGCUUGGUGAGAAGGCAACAACUGUUGGCGCAAUUAUUAGAAAAUGGAAGAAGUUCAAGAUGACGGUCAAUCACCCUCGGUCUGGGGCUCCAUGCAAGAUCUCACCUCGUGGGGCAUCAAUGAUCAUGAGGAAGGUGAGGGAUCAGCACAGAACUACACGGCAGGACCUGGGUAAUGACCUGAAGAGAGCUGGGACCACAGUCUCAAAGACAACCAUUAGUAACACACUACGCCGUCAUGGAUUAAAAUCCUGCAGCGCACGCAAGGUCCCCCUGCUCAAGCCAGUGCAUGUCCAGGCCCGUCUGAAGUUUGCCAAUGACCAUCUGGAUGAUCCAGAGGAGGAAUGGGAGAAGGUAAUGUGGUCUGAAGAGACAAAAAUAGAGCUUUUUGGUCUAAACUCCACCCGCCGUGUUUGGAGGAAGAAGAAGGAUGAGUACAACCCCAAGAACACCAUCCCAACCGUGAAGCAUGGAGGUGGAAGCAUCAGUCUUUGGGGAAGCUUUUCUGCAAAGGGGACAGGACGACUGCACUGUAUUGAGGGGAGGAUGGAUGGGGCCAUGUAUCGCGAGAUCUUGGCCAACAACCUCCUUCCCUCAGUAAGAGCAUUGAAGAUGGCUCGUGGCUGGGUCUUCCAGCAUGACAACGAACCGAAACACACAGCCAGGGCAACUAAGGAGUGGCUCCGUAAGAAGCAUCUCAAGGUCCUGGAGUGGCCUAGCCAGUCUCCAGACCUGAACCCAAUAGAAAAUCUUUGGAGGGAGCUGAAAGUCCGUAUUGCCCAGCGACAGCCCCGAAACCUGAAGGAUCUGGAGAAGGUCUGUAUGGAGGAGUGGGCCAAAAUCCCUGCAGCAGUGUGUGCAAACCUAGUCAAGACCUACAGGAAACGUAUGAUCUCUGUAAUUGCAAACAAAGGUUUCUGUACCAAAUAUUAAGUUCUGCUUUUCUGAUGUAUCAAAUACUUAUGUCAUGCAAUAAAAUGUAAAUUAAUUACUUAAAAGUCAUACAAUGUGAUUUUCUGGAUUUUUGUUUUAGAUUCCGUCUCUCACAGUUGAAGUGUACCUAUGAUAAAAAUUACAGACCUCCACAUGCUUUGUAAGUAGGAAAACCUGCAAAAUCUGCAGUGUAUCAAAUACUUGUUCUCCCCACUGUAUGUAUAUAUAUAUAUAUAUAUAUAUAUAUAUCUAUAUCAUGUUUGAUAACUAACAAUCACCAAAAUAAAAGUUAGACAGUCAGGGAGAAUUGAACAUUCCAAAAGCAAUGAAUUUAGCAGUAUCUUUUUUUGUUAUGUUUGAGCAAAAGAACACAGCAGUAGCCAUGGCAAAAUGCAUAGAAUUGUUGGAAAUUAGCUUUAAAAUGGCAACAUUUUCUAUCAGCUCCAGGGCAGAAUAUGUAGAAUCGCAGGACAUUUGCUUUAAAACUACAAACAUUUCUCAGGUCCAUGGACAAAUGUGUAGAAUUACAGGAAAUUGGCUUUAAAAUGCUCAACUUUCUCUACACCGCCAAGAUGGGGGCCUCAAAAAUGUCCUGCCACGCCCAACACCUAAGCCCCUGUUUGAUCCAGAAAUACCCUGCACACACAGUCACACACACGGUCACAGACACACACACACUGCCUCAUAAUCCCUACCCUGUGUUGCGAUCAGGAGCAGUUGAACCUGCGUGAGGGGGCCAACAAGGUUAUGUUCAGCGUGACCACUCAGUACCAGGGCACCUGUCGCUGCGAAGCCGCCAUCUACCUGUGGAACUGGGACGACCGCGUCGUCAUCUCAGACAUCGAUGGCACCAUCACAAAGUGAGUGUGUGUGUGUGUGUGUUUGCAUGUAAGAAAGGUACUACCCAGUGUUUUUAGAGAGAGUUUAGCACCAUCAUGGCCCUGUAUGAUCCAAUCUGUAUGUACAUGUGAAUAUGUGUGUGUUGUGUGUGUUCAGUGCUUUAUGAUCUGUCUCCUUGCCCAUUACAGGUCUGAUGCCCUGGGUCAUAUCCUACCUCAGCUGGGGAAAGACUGGACACACCACGGCAUCGCCCGUCUCUACCACAAAAUCCACCAGUAAGUGUAACCAGUCACGUUUUGAAACUGUAAACGAAGAUGAGCAUUUAUUAAUAUUACAGAUAGUCUCUCUCUCUUUCAGUCCGUUUUCUUCUGUUUGGUUCAUAAUGAACAAGACGCAGCCGUUCCCUCCACCAUCAGUAUUUACUGUGCAUGAGUUGGUUCCAAAACUCUGUAUUUUGAGCCAAAAUGGCGACAUUGUAAAAUGACACUUCCCACUCUAAAUGAAUGUGCCAUUCUGUGCUUCUCAUUGGAAGCCAUUGAUCACUGUCAAGAUGCUUGUAUCCAGUUGUUGUUUUAUUACCAAUGGGUAACCCCUCCCCUCUCUCUCUCCCCCUCUCUCUCUCUCCCUCCUUCCCUCCUAGAAACGGCUACAAGUUCCUGUACUGUUCGGCACGGGCCAUCGGCAUGGCCGACAUCACCAAGGGCUACCUGCAGUGGGUGAACGACAAAGGCACUGUCCUCCCCAAGGGCCCCGUGCUGCUGGCCCCCAGCAGUUUCUUCUCUGCCCUGCACAGAGAGGUGGUAGAGAAGAAGCCGGAGGUGUUCAAGAUCGCCUGCCUCACUGACAUCCGAGACCUGUUCAACCCCCAGAGGCAGCCCUUCUAUGCAGCCUUUGGUAACAGGACCAAUGUGAGCCACACACACACACACAGUCACAAACACACACACACACACAGUCACACACACACGCACAGUCACACACACACACAGUCUCACACACACACAGUCACACACAUACACACACACAGUCACACACACGCACAGUCACACGCACAGUCACACACACACACGCACAGUCACACACACAGUCACACACACACAGGCUGCGUCCGAUUCCCCGACUUGCGUUUGUAAUAGUAGGCGCUUUGGGUAUGUGAAAAUAUAACGUUUUAUAGGGGACGGGCUGUACCAAAAUUAACAAAUGGCGGGAAACAACACAAUUUGCGCAUUUGACGGUGCAUUCUCAGUGUAGGUGAGCCUAGUAUGUUGAUAUUUGUUGCUCACUGUAUACAUUUUUACUAAACAGUACGUUCUAAAUAGUAUGUAGUAUGAUAAGUACACGGUAUGUAGUUUUAGUAGGUGGUAGGCAAGACAGAUUUCAGACACUGCCACACACACACACACACACACACACACACACACACCGCUGACUCGCUGUCUGUGUUUGGCCAUUGUUUCUCAAUCCAUUCUCUUGGGGAUGGAUUCAAGUUUUUCAAAUGUAUUUUAAAUAAAGCUUGAUUUGAGUGUUGUCUGGAUUUCCCAGGAUGCCUAUGCUUAUAAGGAAGUGGGUGUCCGUGACACCAGGAUCUUCACUGUGAACCCCAAGGGAGAACUCAUCCAGGAGAAGAACAAAGGCAACAAGUCCUCGUAAGUACACUAGCCAAUAGAGGAGUGACAAUCAUCAGGCCACUCCUCCAUAAGUGCACACUCAAUACAUACAGUACAGUUUCUCAAUUUAAUAACAUUCUUUAAUUUUAAAAAAUGCUCCUGAUAGCUGCAUGCUUUGGUUUUGAGCAUGCUGUCAUGUCUGUUCCAAGAGUCUGAAUAUAUCAGUAGACUCCUGAUUAUUGUGUGUGUGUGUGUGUGUGUGUGUGUGUGUGUGUGUGUGUGUGUGUGUGUGUGUGUGUGUGUGUGUGUGUGUGUGUGUGUGUGUGUGUGUGUGUGUGUGUGUGUGUGUGUCACAGGUACACUCACCUGAGCGAGCUGGUGGAACACUUCUUCCCUAUGAUCUCUGAGGAUGGGAUGUCGUCCUCCUUCGACUGCCCUGAGUUCAGCCACUUCUCCUACUGGAGAGAGCCCCUAACACCACUGGAC